GUCGUCUCUGUCUUUUCCUUGCUGUUUCUGUUCAUGUUUCCGGCGAAGGCAGCAGCUAAUAUUAAUGGAAACGCUCACACUGCUUUGACAGUUACGAACGGGCGUGUGAAGGGUGUAAUAGGUGCCAUUGUUAAUAACAGUUCUCGUAUUGGUAAAGAAGAGCAAGUAGCUAUGGAGAUGGCAGUGCAGGACUUCAAUAGCUACACCAAUCAGACUCUGGUUAUUCACAUAAGGAACUCUCAGGGAAAACCUGUUACUGCAGCUCUUGCAGCCAUGGAUCUUAUCAGUGUGCAAAAUGCACAAGCUAUCAUCGGACCACAGACAUGGGAAGAGGUUUCUGUUGUAGCUCAAGUCUGUACUGAAAAACACAUCCCGCUUCUGUCGCUUGCCGACUCAGCUCCAGGAUUUUCAUCGAAGAGGUGGCCCUUUCUGCUUGCUGCUUCACCGAACCAGCUGUAUGCACAAAUGCAAGCCAUAGCGGCAAUUGUGGAGUCCUGGGAGUGGACACAGGUCACAGCAAUAUAUGAGGAUAUUGACUCUUCAGCUACAGGAGUGAUACCUCAUCUAUCAGAUGCCUUGAAAGAAAAAGGUGUAGAAAUUGUAGACUUUAUUGCUUUGCCUCCUUUUGCUUCUUCUACAUUAUCUAAAGAGCUUAGACGGCUUCAAGAAGGUCAGUGUAGAGUCUUUGUGGUGCAUUUAUCUGUGCCUAUGGCUGUGAGUCUUUUCGAAACCGCGAAGAAGAUGAACAUGAUGGAAGAGGGUUACGUGUGGAUCACUACGGAUCCUUUUACAAGCCUUCUCCAUUCCACUGAUGCCUUCACCCUUGUUUCAAUCCAAGGAAUUUUAGGAGUCAAGAGGUACUUCCCUGAAAAUGGCUCUCAUUUCAAGGAUUUCUCUGAGAAAUUUCGGAAAAGUUUUACCUUGAAAUAUCCUGAAGAAGAGAAUUCAAGGCCUGGAAUUCACGCUUUGCAGGCUUAUGAAGCUGCGUGGGCUGUGUGUACAGCAAUGAAGGAAAGUAAGAACGGAAGGGUAGAGUUACUGGAAAAGAUUUUGCUCAGUUAUUUUCAUAACCAGACGGCAGUUCCUCGAGUUUUUCAGAUCGUGAAUGUGAGGGAAAGAAGUUUUAAGGAACUUGGAUUCUGGUCGAAUGAAUUUGGUUUCCAGGAGACUAUUGAUCAGAAUUCUACUCAUAAUUCUUUAAUGAAAGAAUCAGGCCAAGUGUUUUGGCCAGGAGAAACUUAUAAUAUUCCAAAAGGAUGGACUCUACCCACAACUCUGAGAAUAGGAGUGCCCACCAGUUCCUUAUUCAAACAGUAUGUGAAUGUGGAAGAUGAUCCGUGGAAAAAUGAGACCACAUUUUCCGGAAUUGCAAUUGAACUUUUCAGAGAAAUCGUGAAUGAGGUGCCAUUUGAUUUGCCAUAUAAAUUCUAUCCCUUCAAUGGCACGUACACAGAUUUAGUGAGGCAAAUUCACCUCAAGAAUUUUGAUGCUGCAGUAGGCGAUAUAGCCAUUACUGCCACGCGAUGCAAGUAUGCAGAAUUCACACCACCAUACACAGAAUCGGGAUUAGUAAUGGUUGUCCCUUUUCAACCAAAAUCACACCACAAAGAAUGGUUUUUCAUAAAACCAUUCACAAAAGCCUUAUGGAUUCUAAUUGCUGCCAUAACUAUCUACAAUGGUUUUGUGGUAUGGUUGAUAGAGCGACAUCACUGCUCUGAGCCUCCAAAAUCACCGCUGAAUCAAACAGGAACCUUGCUUUGUUUUUCCUUCACUACUCUCGUCUCCGUUCAAGGAAGCAUACUACACAGUAAUUUAUCGCGCAUGAUAAUGGUGAUUUGGCUAUUUGUGGCAUUAAUCAUUACGCAGACUUACACGGCCAACCUCGCCAGCAUACUCACGGGACAGAACCUUGAACCGAUGAUAUCAAGCGUUGAAUCACUGCAGAAAAACAAUGCAAAGGUGGGUCACUCUAAUGCCUCGUUCGUUUCGAAAUAUUUGGUGGAUGUGUUGCACUUUAAGCCCAAAAACAUGAAGGGAUACACUUCUCCUGAUGCUUAUGCUAGAGACCUUAAAAAUGGAGAUAUAGCAGCUAUAUUUCUUGAAGUUCCUGUGGCCAACUUAUUCCUUGCAAUAUAUUGCAAACGCUUCACCAUUGCUGGACCUACUUACAAAGUCGGAGGAUAUGGGUUUGCAUUUCCGAGGGGAUCGCAGCUGCUUCCUAGCAUAACUGAAGCUCUUUUGAAUAUAUCUGAAAGUGGGAAGCUACAGAACAUAGAGAAGAGAGUGCUGGGAUCUGAACAUUGUGUGGAAGCGGAUUCAAAUGAUGAAAUUUCAAGUCUGAGGGCCAGAAGUUUUUUCGAACUCUUUGUGUUAACAGGUGCAACAUCUACAUUCGCUCUGAUACUAUAUGUCACUCAUUACAAAUGGAAGACAGACCAAUCUGAUCGCCAUGGCAUUCUACACAAAGCAAUUUGGAAACUCAUGUUUGUUGUAACAAAUCAGUGGCGGCAACAUCGAAGAGCUAGCAUUGAGGACAGUAAUAGAAAGAUUGAAGUUGGAAAUGCUAAUAUGGGAAUCGGCAACAAUAUUGAAGUUCUAGCUUAGGCACCCCUUUUCUUAAGUUCUAAAUUUCCAAUUCCAAAGGUGAAUCUUGAAAGAAUGAUGUAAUUUUCUUAAACAAUAAUCCAAAGCAUAUAUAAC